UCCCUUCUUCACUCUCCCUCGGCAACUUCGAAUCCUCCGCCCCGUCGUCUCCAAAACCCAACACCCACACGCCCUCAACGCCUCCUCCUCCGCCUCCCUCCCCUCAACCCUCAACUUGACCCCGCCUAGCAACUGCCACCCUGUACACCACCAGCGUCGCCCCCCACGCGCUCACCUCGCCGCCAUGUACUCCACGGCUAUCUCGCUCUCCGCCGCCGCCACCGCCGCCGCGGCGGUCGGCGGCGCCCGGCCAGGCGCGAUCCGGCCGGCGGAGCUCCGCUUCUGCGGCCUCCGCCGCGAGGCCCUCGGGCUCCGCUCGCUGCGGGCCCCGCCGCGAGCGGCCGCCACGCCGCGGAAGGCGGCGGCGGCUACUGGGAAUGGUGCGGCCGGGAGCGGCGGGUUCGACUACGACCUCGUGAUCAUUGGGGCGGGCGUCGGCGGGCACGGCGCAGCUCUCCACGCCGUCGAGAAGGGUCUGAAAACUGCCAUAAUUGAGGGGGAUGUUGUAGGUGGGACUUGUGUGAACAGAGGUUGUGUUCCGUCGAAGGCACUUCUUGCUGUCAGCGGUCGGAUGAGGGAACUUCAAGAUGAACACCACAUGAAAUCGUUGGGUCUACAGGUUUCAACAGCUGGAUAUGAUAGGCAGGCUGUUGCAGAUCAUGCAAAUAAUCUGGCCUCUAAAAUUCGUAGCAACUUGACUAAUUCGAUGAAAGCUUUGGGUGUGGAUAUAUUGACUGGUUUUGGCACCAUUGUGGGAAAACAAAAAGUGAGAUAUGGAAAAGUUGGUUUUCCUGACAAUGAAAUCACUGCCAGAAAUAUCAUUAUUGCAACGGGGUCUGUUCCUUUUGUCCCCAAUGGCAUCGAAAUAGAUGGUAAAACCGUAUUUACUAGUGAUCAUGCACUAAAACUUGAGUCAGUUCCUGACUGGAUUGCUAUCGUGGGAAGCGGUUACAUUGGACUGGAAUUCAGUGAUGUAUACACGGCUCUGGGAAGUGAGGUUACUUUUGUUGAAGCACUUGAUCAGUUGAUGCCUGGUUUUGAUCCUGAGAUUGCAAAAUUGGCCCAAAGGAUUCUUAUCAAUCCUCGUAAAAUUGACUAUCAUACUGGGGUCUUUGCGAGCAAGAUUACCCCAGCAAAGGAUGGUAAACCCGUGUUGAUUGAGUUAAUUGAUGCUAAGACAAAGGAACACAAGGAAACACUUGAGGUGGAUGCAGCUCUCAUAGCUACCGGAAGGGCACCGUUCACCAAAGGGCUUGGCUUGGAAAAUGUCAACGUUGUUACACAACGCGGUUUUGUUCCUGUUGAUGAGCGGAUGCAAGUUAUGGACGCAGAUGGCAAUGCGGUUCCAAAUUUGUAUUGUAUUGGAGAUGCCAAUGGCAAACUCAUGCUGGCUCAUGCUGCCAGUGCACAAGGAAUCUCAGUUGUUGAGCGAAUCUCUGGGAAAGACAACAUCCUAAAUCAUCUAAGCAUCCCGGCUGCCUGUUUCACUCAUCCGGAGAUUAGUAUGGUUGGGCUAACAGAGCCACAAGCGAGAGAAAAGGCUGAUAAGGAAGGAUUUGAGAUAAGUGUUGUUAAGACCAGCUUCAAGGCAAACACGAAGGCUCUGGCUGAGAAUGAAGGAGAUGGACUUGCUAAGAUGAUUUACCGGCCUGACACUGGAGAAAUUCUUGGAGUUCACAUAUUAGGUUUGCAUGCUGCUGACCUCAUCCACGAGGCAUCAAACGCCAUUGCCCUCGGAACUCGUGUACAAGACAUCAAGUUUGCUGUUCAUGCACACCCAACUUUGUCUGAGGUUCUGGAUGAGCUCUUCAAAGCUGCCAAGGUUAAUGCAGGUGUUCCUCAUUCCGUAAAUGAGCCCGUCGCAGCCUAGAGAGGAACAUCAUCUGGGAUAGCCCCCCUCUUGGAUGUCCUUGAUUCCUAGUUACUGGCAAGUGUAAUUCGGUAAUUCCUGAUGAGAUCCACCAGUUAGUGCUGAGAUAUCUAAUUACUGCGGAAAAAGAGAGGAACUACUGAUGAGAUCCACCAGUUAGUGCUGAGAUAUCUAGUUACCGCGGAAAAGAGAGGAACUACUGCGUCGUUCUAUGUAUGAUGUAUCACAUAUACAUAACAGUUUUGCAGCUUAUGUAGAGUUCAUCCGUACAGUGCUUUCACAUGUCGUCGUCUUUUCCCCUGUCUAA